GCUCCCAGAAUGCACCGGCAGUCCGCGGGAAACCAAAAUGGCGAAGGGCUGUAGCGAAGUGGGCAGUGUUUGAGGCUGGUGUAAGAACGCUCACUCUACCCCCUAACCCUCGUCCCCAAGGACCUCGGCUUGUGCGUGCGUAUGUGCGGGGUUCCCGGUGGGGCGGGUGCCCAGUAAGUGCUCGGAGUCGCAGGGGAAGCGCCCACAGGGACGUGAUUGGUUAUUUUUUUUCCUGUAUGAAGCGGUUGGCACCACUGAAGUGACCGAAUGAGCUGCAAAGUGGUACUUCGUGGGCUAACGAGUAGUGGCAAGGGUACUGGAGAAAUGGUGUGGUGGAUCUGUCAUGGCUGAUUGGGGUUACCAGCGAAGAGGAGGGAAAUCGCAGCAGCACAUUAGAGGGAUGAAAUUUCCUACUGGGGAGAGACUCUACAGGGGCAGGUAAUUCACUGGUCCACAAGCGGUCUCCUUUACGUCGAAACCAAAAGACCCCAACAUCCUUGACCAAGCUGUCUUUACAGGAUGGACAAAAAGCCAAAAAGCCAGCAUGUAAAUUUGAAGAGGGUCAGGAUGUCCUAGCUAGAUGGUCAGAUGGCUUAUUUUAUCUUGGAACUAUCAAAAAGAUAAACAUAUUGAAACAGAGCUGCUUCAUCAUAUUUGAAGACAGUUCUAAAUCCUGGGUUCUCUGGAAGGACAUUCAAACAGGAGCCACUGGAAGUGGGGAAAUGGUCUGUACAAUAUGUCAAGAAGAGUAUUCAGAAGCUCCUAAUGAAAUGGUUAUAUGUGAUAAAUGUGGCCAAGGCUAUCAUCAGUUGUGUCAUACACCUCACAUUGAUUCCAGUGUGAUUGAUUCAGAUGAAAAAUGGCUCUGUCGACAGUGUGUUUUUGCAACAACAACAAAGAGAGGUGGCGCACUUAAAAAAGGACCAAAUGCCAAAGCAUUGCAAGUCAUGAAGCAGACAUUACCCUACAGUGUGGCAGACCUUGAAUGGGAUGCAGGUCAUAAAACCAAUGUCCAGCAGUGUUACUGCUAUUGUGGAGGCCCUGGAGAUUGGUAUUUAAAGAUGCUACAGUGCUGCAAAUGUAAGCAAUGGUUUCAUGAAGCUUGUGUGCAAUGCCUUCAAAAGCCAAUGCUCUUUGGAGAUAGAUUUUAUACAUUUAUUUGCUCUGUCUGCAGUUCUGGACCAGAAUACCUCAAACGUCUACCAUUGCAGUGGGUAGAUAUAGCACACCUAUGCCUUUACAACCUAAGUGUUAUUCAUAAGAAGAAAUAUUUUGAUUCUGAACUUGAGCUUAUGACAUACAUUAAUGAAAACUGGGAUAGAUUGCACCCUGGAGAGCUGGCAGACACACCAAAAUCUGAAAGAUACGAGCAUGUUCUGGAGGCAUUAAAUGAUUAUAAGACCAUGUUUAUGUCUGGGAAAGAAAUAAAGAAGAAGAAGCAUUUGUUUGGGUUGCGAAUUCGUGUUCCUCCUGUGCCACCAAAUGUGGCUUUCAAAGCAGAGAAAGAACCUGAAGGAACAUCCCAUGAAUUUAAAAUUAAAGGCAGAAAGGCAUCCAAACCUAUAUCUGAUCCAAGAGACAUAAGUAAUGGAAUUGAUAAAAAAGGAAAGAAAAAAUCUGUAGGUCGUCCUCCUGGCCCAUAUACGAGAAAAAUGAUACAAAAAACUGCUGAGCCACCUUUGGAUAAGGAUUCAGUUUCUGAAAAUCCUGCGUUGGAUUUACCUUGUUCUAUAGGGAUAACUGAGGGAACUGCACAUUCAUCCAAUACCUCAGAUAUGGAUUUCACGGGUGCUUCCAGUACAAAAGAAACUACCUCGUCUAGUAUUUCCAGGCAUUACGGCUUAUCUGACUCCAGGAAAAGAACUCGCACAGGUAGAUCUUGGCCUGCUACAAUACCACAUUUGCGUAGAAGAAGAGGUCGUCUUCCAAGAAGAGCGCUCCAGACUCAGAACUCAGAAAUUGUAAAAGACGAUGAAGGCCAAGAAGAUUAUCAAUUUGAAGAACUCAACACAGAGAUUCUGAAUAACUUAGCAGAUCAGGAGUUACAGCUCAAUCAUCUGAAAAACUCAAUUACUAGUUAUUUUGGUGCUGCAGGUAGAAUAGCAUGUGGCGAAAAGUACCGAGUUUUGGCUCGUCGGGUGACACUUGAUGGAAAGGUGCAGUAUCUUGUGGAAUGGGAAGGAGCAACUGCGUCCUGACUGUAGGACUGAAUAUUAUGUUCACUGCACUCAUUUUCUGUAGGUACAGCUCAAAGUCCUAAAGGAGCCUGGCUUUUACUGUCUUUCUUAAACAACAAAACAAAAUAUUCACAAAAGAGAUAAUACUAGCCUUAAUGUGUACUUGUCACUGUUAUGGAUAUUGUCAAAAAAAGAUAUCUUUUAAAAAUCAGAACAGAGACUUAAUUUUUUUAAAUCGUAAGAUUUGUAGAAUGUUUCUAGGAUAGGAUAUUAAAAAUGAUUCAAACCCAUGCAUGGUGUUAGGUAAUUUUUCUAAUUAUUCCAUUGAGUCAGUUUUUGUGAUUAGUGGUUAUCAGAGCAAACAGAUCAUGUAGAUAGCACAAGUAUUUGGAGAAACAUUGUCUGUUUUGUUAUACCAAAAUGUUGGGAGAAAAAUUUAUUUCAGUACCUUUUAGAUUUCAUAAAGUGCAGUGUAUAUAAUGACUACCGAAAGACUGUAAAAUAAUUGAAAUUUUCUUUCAAGCAAAGUGUAAAAAAUAUAUUGAGCCUGUAAAUUGCUCUGUGACUAGACUUCAUUGUCGUCUUAAUAUAUUCUUUGCAUGUACAUAUAUAUACACAUAUGUGUAUAUAUAUGUGUGUGAUUAUGUGACCUAUGCAAUACAAAUUAUGGGAAUGGGCAGCUUUGGAGUAUAUAUCCCAUAAUUCUUUUUUCAGGAAUAGUUGCAGUAUUUACACAGCAGCAUUUCUUCUCAGGCUUUUAUUGGGUGCUGUUGCUUGCUAUGUAUGAAGAGAAAUGUGUCAAACAAGUUUAGUGUGUACUGAAGAGGGAUGUGAACAACAGUGUUCAUGGGCUUUUAGAAUGCUUUUUACUUUCAGUCCUUGUAACUCAGCUGUUCAGUACCUAAAGCAAAUUCAAAUCAUAUCGACAUUAAUUCCUACCAGAAGUAACGUUUUCAAGUUUUCAUGGCACAUUAUGAUUGUAAAUGUCUCUCAGUUUUAACAGUAAGUUUGUGGGAGUCAGGUGAAGAUUCCUGAAAUGUCUGUAGUAACUGUUAGUCAUGUUUGAAUAAGUGUAGUAUGAACAAAGUAUUUUAUUGCACAGGGUUAACAAACAGUAUGUUGCCAGCGGAGGCUUCUGCUGUUUUAUUACAACAUUACCUCUUGUUUUUAUAAAAUGUACCAAGAUUUAAAUUGAUAACUUUAUUUUACAUGUUUAAAAAAAAAACAGUUUCUUUUAUCACCAGUGUUAGAAUUGUCUUCUGUUUCUUUUUGUUUUGUUCUGUUUUGUUUCUUAGCCAAAGAGUAAACAGAAGAAUAUUAUUUUGGUGGCUAUACAUUUUAUUUGUAAAAGUGAUCAGUGGAUUUUAGACAAAAAAUUGGGGAAUUUGCUGCCAAAAUGAAAAUAUGUAAAGUGUAGUAAUGACAGUGGUAAAAACGUGGGUUAGUACUUAUUUAUUCCAUUAAUUGAUUAUUUGACUGUUUAUAAAGAAAGUUGCUUUAUUUCUUUAAACAUCUUCAAAAGAUGACUUUUUCUUUUCACAUUAUAGCCAAAAGAAGCAGAGAACUUCAUUGUCCUGCAUUUGGUUCCUGGUUUACCAGGUAUAAAUGAGCUUUACAAAAGUGCAAAAUAAAAACUGUCACUUCUGUUUACCUCCACCAAAACUUGAUUUUCCCCUAGCUAUUAAUUUAAAGUUGCCUUUCUUGCAGCUGCAAUAUUUUGAAUAACACACAGAGUUUGUGUUGAUUUUUGAAUGUUUGUUUAUAUCUAGGGGUAAUGGAAAAUGUAAAUCCCGUGUAACCUUUUACACUCCACCUGUAUCAUAUUAUUUCAUUUUCCCCAAAGUCCUUUAAUUCUAACUGAACACCAGCAGUAUUUUUAAGUAAUUUCUUUCUUUACCGUACUUGGAAUACGAUUUAUUCAAGCUGAACUGUCUUUAGACGUAAUUAUUGUGAAUGUCUGUUUUAUUUUAUCAUGGUGGUUCACAUGGCUCUGAUGUUCAGUUUGUAUUUUUGGAAUUGCUUUACUUAGAAUUAAAACAGACCAACAUUAAAUGUGUGUAUUUUUUAAAGAGCUAAUGAGUUUUGCUUCUGUAUUUGCUUGAAAAUACACACUAGUGCAGUAGUUGACUUGUUUUUAUUUAACCAGGGAGGUAAGGAUUUUCUGAUUCUACUGCUGAUAGGUUUUCUUGAGUUACUCUUUGUAAAACUUUGCUUUUCCUCUUAUUCCCCUUAUAAUAAUUAGUAUUUACUACAUGUCCAUCUUGAACAAUCUUUUAAAGAUAUAUUUAUCUAGCUUGCACUUUAUAUUUGAAAGACAGUGUAUCUGUCUACCUUUAAAAAAAUAUUUUAGACUUUGCACCUGUUUCUUUUAUUUAAUACAAGGUAUUUGGGUUCAGACAAAAGGAUGACCCCCCCCCCCUCAAAAAAAACUUUGCUCCUAGACACAGAGAGAAAAGGUGUAAAAAUAAUAUAUCUUACUAAUAUUGAUACCAUUUUUAUUCAAAACAUACAUUUUUAUAAAUACUUUAGUAAAUGAUGAACAUAUAUUCUUAGGCCUGUUGGUGACUAAACUAGAGCAGAAUCAGUUAUUAGAAUUAUUGAUAAUGUCUAAUUCUAAUAUCUAAUCUCAGUUUUUAUGUAGAGAUGAUAAAGUCAGGUCUUGCUGUAUAUAUUUUGUCAAUAAUUAGUAUUCACUGAUGAAAGGUGGAAGGAUUUCCAACUCCAAUUUUUUUUUUUUUGCAGUUAUAUUCUGAUAUUCCUAUUUAAUUCCUCUCUCCCUGUCUUUGUCUAUCUCUCUCUCUCUUACUGGGAAUUGAAUUUAUGACUUAGCAAUUGCCAGGUAGGCACCGUGCCAAUGAACUAUAUCCCUGACGUCUUAUUUAAUUUCUUUCAUUUUUAUAUUUAGAAGAUUUAUCAGUGUUGGGGAUAGAAGGCUUGUAUUAUACGCUACUUUUUGAAACUACUAGAUACUCUUAAAUUUGGAAUGGAACAUAAUUCGACUUAGCUAUUUUUACCAGAUGUUUUGUAAUAUAGUUCUAAAGCUCUUUGAGAAUGUGGUGGCAGAAUAUGUCCUUGUGAUAUCGUGUGGAAAAAUGUUUCUUAAUUAUAUCUAAACAAAGUAUUCCAUUCUCCCUUAAGUUUGGUCUGUGGCAGUUAAUUAGUCAUGCUCUUUCUCAGGAAUAUAAAAACUUGACAGUCAAGUGUAAAGUAAGCACUGUCUUUUUGUGAUAGUUUUCUAAUUUAUAGAGUUAGGAAUCUAAGUACCUGUUUUGAUACAAAUUUAGAGGUAGAUAAUGUGUAAGCAAACUAACUGACUCUGUAAAAACAAAUAGAUGGGAAUCUAUAGAGUACUGUAUUGAAAUUCUAAAGUUGAAAUAUCAAACUGCCUUAGAGAAGUAAAUAAAUGAACAUAUUGUUAGAUUUGCAUUCAAAAUUAGAAUAAGAUUAAAAAAUUAAACUGUGCACUUUCCCCCCCCCUUCCCUCAUUUCUUUACAACAAAAUUAUUGUUUAGCUCCAUUUACAUUUUCUAUUGUUGGUGAUAAUUAUAAAGACUGGAUACUUAGUGAUUCAUUUUUCCAGUAUCUUCAAAGAAUGUAGUUUGUUAUUGAAGAGAUUUUUUUCCCCAGUGGAUUUAAACAAGCAAAUAAAACUUUCAAAGAUGAUAUAAAAUGUACUUUUAGAAAAAGCAGAAAAUCUUCAAAAUCACUGGUCUACUUUGGCAACUCCUAUUUACUAAAUGGUGUUCAAUAUUUUUUUUCUUCCACAUCCCACUCUGUGGUAUGCAUUCCCAAUGUGGGUGACAUCCCUAAAAGGGCAAAAAUUGAUUUAUGAGGAAGGACAAAACCUGAGUUUGCAGCCCUUCAUAGUUUAACUCUACCCAUCAACAAUCUUCAUUUGUCAUUAUUAGUUUUUGUUUUUUUUAGGUAUCACAUGAGCAGUACUGACAUUGAGUGCGUGGAACAGUCAUAAAAUAAUAUGCUUGUUUUGUACACUUAGAUCAUUUGUACACAUGUACAUAGUAAGAAACUAUAGCAGAUGGAUGGGCUUUCUUGGUGGACUGAUUUAUCUUGAAAACAUUUUGAGAGAUAGUUUGCCACAUGCCUAUUGCCAUUUCUUGGAAAUGUUUGAUCCUGAUGCUAGUUUGUGUAUGACCUGGGUUUGGGGAAUUAAAUAAAUCUACUUUGUUUUGUUGUUUUAUUCUAA